AUGAUGGCCUCUUGUUUAACCUCAGCCACACCUCAAAGCUCUCCAGAUCCAUCACUUUGUACACCUAUAUCUGCGUCAACACUCCUGCCCUUUGCUGUGCAGCAAGCUAUUGAGCUCCUGGAGAAGCACCGUGCCGCCAAGCUGAAGUCGUCCUCGAACCUCGACAAUAUCAUUUCUGUCUCGCUCGAGCCAGCCGAAUUCAGAUUGCUAUCACAUUACCUUUGGGGUCAAGAAAACGAGCAACGAGUUCUGAAACGUGGCAACGGCGCCAAUCACAGCCCGGACCUCAACACAAAUAAUAAAGCAGCUGCGGCAAGCCCUUCCCUCGGCGCCUUCGACCCCGACCUCGGCGCGUACCUCCGAGACGAGGUCGCUUAUUCGUAUUGCUUCCGGCAGCGCAAACUCGAGAUCCGCAUCCCGAGUAUUUUCCACGACACCGUAUCCUGCGACGUAACCAAUAUCAUCCUUGACUCGGCGCGCGCCGCCGCCCGCCGCCUCCCCGAGGCAGAGGCAAUUCUCGACUCGCUCGAGGUUCGGCAGUCGCCAUCUGCUAACUCCUAUCUGGUAUGGGAUUGGGACGACGACGAUGACGAGGAUAAUAUAAAGCCUGCAAGGAAGUUUCCUGACGGCGCCAUUGGCUUGAAGGCGGCGAGCGCAAACACCCUGAUCGUCGAGGUCGAUUUCUCCAACAAGGAGGGGCCGGACAAGGUCAACGAGUUCCUCACCCUCGCCGAGCCACACGACCAAGCCCGCACCGGGAUCAUCAUCGACAUUGACUACAUGACGCCCGCCGAGCGCCUAUCACACAAUCUCUCCGAGAACGAAUACUCCGCCAAGGUCUCCAUUCUCCGCCAGCAGGACUCCCUCGCGCCAGGCAGAAACCCCUGCUCGACCAUGGACAUCGCCUCUGAGACGUCACUGACGCUCUUCCUAAGCGACCUAGCCGCUGAUGCAAAAGAAACAUCCGCGGCAGACUUCACCUUCACGAUCCCCUGCGCCGAGUUGGCUGCCGUGAUUGCGCGAGCGGCCGACGCGCAGAGCCGAUGCGACAAGGAGGAGCGUGAGAUGGCGGCCGUGUCUGCUGACGAGGUCGCUGCCAUCAAGGCUAGGAUUCAGCGCGGCUCAGGUGACUCAUGGUAG